GAUCAUGAAAAAUUUGUUAAUGAUCUAUAUAUAAUGUGUGUCCUAUAUACAUGCAAAUAAACAGACUAUGUAAAUUCUUGUUAUCAAUGCCAUUCUUUUGGCAUUCGUUACAAUUAUAUUUUCUGUUCGUGUAUGUUACAAACCUGGGAAAGGUGUAGAGAUCUGAUAUACAUAUUGUUUUUACUCGCGAAAAUGGUGGAUUUGUGAUCUUUUCUUGCGUGGUGAAUUAAAAUUAAUAUGGUAAUUAUGUGUGUGCGCGCGGACAUUAUUUUAACCUUUUGUAAAGGUUAAGCUCUAAGGAGGUACCUUUGAGCUGGGAACAAUUCCAAGUGUUCACAAAAAUAGAACAUUUACACCCCGUUGGAUAUGCUUCGGUGAAGGACGUGCAAUGAGGCAAUAUAUAAUUGACCAUCUUAAUUUAUGCCUUCCAGACAAAGACAUGUAUUUGGUAUAACACUUGCAAGCUUUAUAACACAGAUCUUUUCUGUUUCUGAGAAUUGAAUGAUCUAUAUAUCUUUCAUGUGAGGGAGCUAGCGGAUACAUACAGUUGCCAUUUUUGGCAAAACAAUGUCAAAUAUUUGAGGUUGGCAUUAGACAUGUAUUAGCAAGUAAGAUUGUAGUUUCUGUGGUUUUGCUUAUGAUUCCAUUAUACAUGCAAAUCUACAAGGAAUUCAAGGAAAAUAAGGCGUUGAGUUACUGAUAAUAUAUCAGCUGCAAAAUAUGGCUGGAAAACAUGGUAUGGACAUACCUGGAGGUUCAGUACUUCUGCACGGAGAACUGGACUUGCGGGUUAUCGAAGCAAAGUCACUUCCAAACAUGGACAUGGCAUGUUGUUCCAAGUUUAGUCCUUUUGGAACGCGAAAGGUUAAGAGCAAGGAUACAGGGAAUAAAUCAGCAACUCGUAAAAUAAUAGAUACUAGUGACCCCUAUGUGUCUGUAUGUAUAGGCGGGGCAAAAGUAGCUAGAACAACAGUGAUUCGCAACGAUGAAAACCCCACAUGGAAUGAGCAUGUACGCAUACCAGUGGCUCACAAAGUUGACAAGGUAGAAUUUUUUGUCAAGGACAAUGAUGGGGUAGGUGCUGAACUGAUUGGAAAGGUGGAAAUACCUGCUGAUAAAAUUCAUGUUGGUAAAGAAAUAAGUGGUUGGUUCCCUAUUCUUGGAUCUUCUGGGGAUCCAUUGAAAACUGGUGCUCAACUGCAUCUGUCAAUCCAAUACAAGCCAGUGGCAGAGAACCCUAUAUAUAGAAAUGGUGUUGGAGGUGAGGCCAAUAGAGUAGGAGUACCGCAUACUUAUUUUCCACUGCGAAAAGGAGGGAAUGUUACUCUUUAUCAGGAUGCCCAUGUACCUGAUGCAACACUUCCUGAAAUAUUGCUAGAUGAUGGGAAGGUUUUUAAUCAUAACAAAUGUUGGGAAGACAUUUGUCAUGCCAUGUUGGAGGCUAAGUAUUUAAUAUAUGUUGUUGGUUGGUCCGUAUAUCAUCCUAUACGGCUAGUAAGAGAACCUACAAGGACGUUGCCGUCUGCAGGGGAACGAACACUUGGAGAUUUGCUCAAGUACAAGUCACAAGAAGGAGUUCGCGUCAUUCUGCUCAUUUGGGAUGAUAAAACUUCAAAUGAUGAUUUAUUCCUCAAAACGGAAGGUGUAAUGCAGACUCAUGAUGAAGAGACCAGAAAGUUUUUUAAACACUCAAGUGUACACUGUGUGCUUUGUCCUCGUUCCGCCAGCAGUAAGCUUAGUGUUUUGAAGAGACAGAUUGUUGGAAGCCUUUUUACACAUCAUCAGAAAUGUGUGCUUGUUGACACAGAAGCACCUGGGAAUGAACGGAAAAUCACUGCUUUUAUUGGUGGCCUGGAUUUAUGUGAUGGCCGCUAUGACACUCCCCAGCAUAGACUGUUCAGCGAUCUUGAUACUGUCUUUGGAAAUGAUGUUCAUAAUCCUACAUUCACGACUACUUCAGGUGGCCCAAGAGAACCAUGGCAUGAUCUACACUGUAAAAUUGAGGGUCCUGCUGCUUAUGAUGUUUUGACAAACUUCGAGCAAAGAUUUAACAAGGCCAUUAAAUGGCUCAAACUAAGAAAAGUCAAACAAGGAUCUGAUACAUUGCUUAAAUUAGAUCGAAUAGCAGCAAUUCGCAUGCCUUCUGCUGGGCCAGAUGGUGACCGUGUGGUCCGUGUCACAAGUGAACAAGAUCCAGAGAGUUGGCAUGUGCAAGUAUUUCGAUCAAUUGAUUCAGGAUCAGUAAAAGGAUUUCCAAAAGACGUUAAGGAAGCUGAGGCUCAGAAUCUUGCCAGUGGAAAAAAUUUGAAGAUAGAAAGAAGCAUACAUUUGGCUUAUGUGAAAGCAAUUCGAUCUGCCCAGCACUUUGUUUACGUAGAGAAUCAGUAUUUUCUUGGUUCUGCAUAUAGCUGGCCAUCUCACCGAAAUUCAGGAGCUAAUAACCUAGUCCCUAUGGAAAUAGCUCUGAAAAUUGCCAGAAAAAUAGCAGCAAAUGAACCUUUCGCAGCAUACAUUGUGGUUCCAAUGUGGCCUGAAGGUGUCCCAAGCAGUAAACCAGUCCAAGAAAUUCUCUUCUGGCAGAGCCAAACAAUGGCUAUGAUGUACAAAAUAGUGGCAGAGGCUCUAGAUAAGGCAAGGGUUUCUCAGUAUUUUCAUCCUCAGGAUUACUUGAACUUCUACUGCCUGGGGAAGCGCGAGGUAGCAAAGGGUAAAAGUGAGAAAUCUGUGUCACAGGGAUUGGCUCAGAAGUUUGGGAGAUUUAUGAUAUAUGUACACUCAAAAGGAAUGAUAGUAGAUGAUGAGUAUGUGUUGAUGGGUUCUGCAAAUAUCAACCAAAGAUCUUUGAGUGGUUCUAGGGAUACAGAAAUUGCUAUGGGAGCUUAUCAACCAAAUUACACAUGGGCAAAAAAAGAUCGUCAUCCACAUGGCCAGGUCUAUGGUUAUCGGAUGUCUCUCUGGGCUGAGCAUCUUGGAGUGAUCGAGAAUACCUUGACGGAGCCCCAGACAGUGGAAUGUGUUAGACGCGUUAAUGAGAUUGCGAGAUACAACUGGAAUGCAUUUUCAGGGGAUGAGUACAAGAAGAUGAAGGGGCAUUUGAUGCAAUAUCCAAUUCAGGUUAGCAAGAAUGGAGAUGUCACAACUAUGCCUGGCUUUGAAUGCUUUCCUGAUGUUGGUGGUAAGAUUCUAGGGGCACCUACAAAUCUUCCUGAUGCUCUUACCACUUAACAAUCACAUAUACCUAAUGGCACUGCUUGAAACGCGUUCUGCUUAGUCGGAUCAGUAGAUUUUGGAUACUAGAUUCCUAAAAGACGGAGGAAGAUAAGAGAUUGUUUAUGCAGGAUAUGAUUGCAUCUAUUCAGAAUCUUUAUAGUCAGUUUUAUCUACAUUUUUUUUUUUUUUUAGUUGUACAAACUUAUUUCUAUUUUUUUGGCUACAACUACUUAAGAAGUCUGUACAUUGUGCAAGUUAGAUGUUAAGAAAACGUUGAUAAAUAUUUUGAACUUUGUUA